AUAUCAGUUUAUGAUUCAUUGAUGCCGCAAAAUCAAAAAUGGCAUCAUUAACCAAUAACAACCAACAAAAAGAUGAGCAGGAGGUGGAGGGAAAGGAUGGGGAGGAAGGGAAAUGUGAAGAAAAAUUAUUAGCAUUUCCUAUUUGUAGAGAAGGAGGAGACACAUAGUGUCUCUCCUUUUUUCUAUCAAAAGUGUCACCAACAAAACAUUGUUUAGGAUGAAAAUGUUUAGGAUGUGUGGUGGCAUCAAUAAUGGUUAUUAUAACGAAGAUGUUGAUGAGAGAGAACUUGACAAAGGAGAAGAUGGAAGCAAAUACAGCCUCACAGGCAUUCUUCUUCCCUCUCUUGGUGCCACAGCUGCCCGUAAUGGUAGUCGUAGACUAAAGCUUGGUCGUUACAUUAUUUCCCCAGCUAAUCAUCAAUAUAGACUAUGGAGCAAGUUUCUAGUGAUAUUGGUUUUCUACACUGCUUGGAUGUGUCCAUUUCAAUUUGGUUUCCUUGAGAGAUCAAAAGGUGCAUUGGCUGUAAUAGACAAUGUUGUAAAUGGGUUUUUUGCCAUUGACAUUGUUCUCACCUUUUUUGUUGCUUACCUUGACAAGUCUACUUAUUUGCUCAUUGACAACCAUAAGCUCAUUGCUUUGAGAUAUGCCAAAUCUUGGUUGGUUUUUGAUGUCAUUGCAACAACUCCUUAUGAAGUUGUUCAUACUAUUUUGCCACCCUCUCUUCAAAUAUAUAGUUACUUCAGUAUUCUUCGCCUUUGGCGCCUCCAUCGAGUUAGUGCCAUGUUCGCAAGAUUGGAAAAGGAUAGGAAUUACAGCUACUUUUGGGUGCGUUGUUGCAAGCUUACUUGUGUUACUUUAUUUGCAGUGCAUGCUGCUGCAUGUUUUUUCUAUUUUCUUGCUGCACGAGAUAACCCAGAAUCUACGUGGAUUGGUGGAGUUAUGCCUGCUGCCAUUGACCAAAAUCUAUGGGGAAAAUAUGUAGUAGCGAUAUAUUGGUCCAUAAUGACUCUUUCAUCAGUUGGUUAUGGAGAUCUACAUCCUGUAAAUACAAAAGAAAUGGUAUUUGAGAUUUUGUAUAUGCUCUUUAAUCUUGGACUCACAUCAUAUAUAAUAGGCAACAUGACCAACUUGGUUGUUCACUGGACUGAUAAAACUAAAAAAUAUAGAGACACUGUCCAAUCUGCCUCAAAUUUUGCCAAAAGGAAUCAAUUGCCUGUUCGUUUGCAAGAACAAAUGUUUGCCCAUUUGCUUAUGAAGUAUAGAACGGAUUUAGAAGGGUUGCAACAACAAGAAAUCAUAGAUUCCCUUCCAAAAGCCAUUCAGUCUAGCAUCUCACACUACCUAUUUUAUCCGCUUGUUGACAAAGUGUAUUUGUUUCAUGGAGUGUCAAAUGACCUACUUUUUCAACUAGUUACAGAGAUGAAAGCUGAGUAUUUUCCUCCAAAGGAAGAUGUGAUUUUGCAAAAUGAAGCACCAACAGACUUUUAUAUAUUUGUUACUGGAGCUGCUGAUCUUAUCAUUCAUAGGAAUGGCAUUGAACAGGUUGUUGGAGAAGCAAAGCCAGGAGAUGUAGUAGGAGAAACGGGAGUAUUAUGUUAUAUGCCACAACUAUUUACAGUUCGAACCAAGAGAUUGAGCCAGAUUUUACGCCUAAAUCGAACCAUCUUUCUAAAUCUUACUCAAUCAAAUGUUGGAGAUGGAACAAUGAUCAUGAACAAUUAUAUUCAACAUUUACAUGAAUUUGGGGGUCCAUUGAUAAGAGGAAUUUUGGAAAAUGUAGAGGGAAUGUUGGCCAGGGGCAAAAUGGAUUUGCCUAUCAGUUUAUUGUUUGCAGUUAGUAGAGAUGAUGAUUUAUUAUUGCGUAAACUACUGAAGAAGGGUUCAGAUCCAAAUGAAGUAGAUAAGAAUGGAAAGACAGCAUUGCAUUUGGCAGCUUUUAAAGGCAAUAAUCAUUGUGUAUCUUUGCUUCUUGAACAUGGAGCUAAAGUCAACAUCCAAGACUCAGAUGGAAAUGUCCCACUUUGGGAAGCAAUAAAAGGUGGACAUGAAUCUAUCAUGAAACUUCUUAUAGACAAUGGUGCAGACAUAUCAUGUGCAGAUGUUGGUCAUUUUGCAUGCACUGCUGUAGAGCAAAAUAACUUAGAAUUACUCAAGGGCAUUGUUCAAUGUGGUGGGGACGUGACACAAUCCACAGGCAAUGGAACUACUGCACUCCAUGCUGCAGUGUGUGAAGGAAAUGUUGAAAUAGUGAAGUUCCUUCUAGAGCAAGGAGCAGAUAUUGAUAAACAAGAUAAUACUGGCUUGACUCCAAGGUUUUGUGCAGAUCAACAAUGCCAUGAAGAAAUACUAAAGAUAUUCCAAAAUGUUCAACAAAAAACAACAAACAUAAUCCCUAGUUCUUAUGUUGGGAGGUGUCAAAGUGAACCCACAAUGCCCGCCAUUUCCCAAGGAAGCGAGCCACCUAAUCAAGAACUAACAUGGUUCAAUAAUCAUCAAAGAAGAAGGGCCAGCCCUUUCCAUAAUUCCUUUUUUGGGAUAUUGUCAAAUGCAAAUUAUGAUAAAAAAGAUUUCACAACUGCAACUCACAACAGUCACACUAGAGAAGAAUUACGAGCCAGAGUAACACUUAGUUGUCCAGAGAAAGGUGAAUGUGCUAAAAAACUUGUGUUUUUGCCAAAUUCUAUUGAAGAAUUGCUACAUAUUGGUGCUAAAAAGUUUGAUUUCUAUCCCACCAAAAUAUUGACUAAAGAAGGAGCUGAAGUUGAAGACAUAAAUGUCAUCAGAGAUGGUGAUUUUCUUAUUUUUGUAUAGGACAUUGAAGAUAAUAAAAGUAUGAAUCGAUUUCUAUUAGAAUACUUAGCGUAAUUGUAUCAUAGUCCUACCAUUGUGUCUCUUUAAAAGAAAUGCCAAAUUUUUGCCAGAUAAAAAU